ACCUUUCUAACCGUUUUCAAUCGGGUAUUAUGUUUCUGUUAAGAAAGGGUAAAGCGUCUAUUUAAUCUCAAUAUAAGCUUGAAGAACUCUUUGUUUUCAUCCUAAAAAAUCACUGUUCAUAUAUUUAAUUUAAUCCCAAAUCAUUGAUAUCGUUAUGAGAUGCGAUUUUUAAAUGAAACUCAAUGAAAUAGAGAACGAUAAUAGGAAUAUUUAAAUUGUGAAGCUACUGUUGAUUGGGAUAUUUUAAUACAAUGCCUGAUAAAGAGGAAAACUCAAGCAAUAUAUCAAAUACUUCAAUCCUAGUGUGCAAUAAAUUUAAGGAAAUAGAGAGUUUGCUGGCAAACUGCUCAAAUGAAAAUCAAAAAGUUGUCCUAAGUGCCUUAUCUAAUUUAGUGGAAAAGACUAUUGCUUGCUUUACUAAUUCAUCCCGAUGUAUCAAUGGUUAUCAGAUAUCUAGUCAUAUCGAAAAUGGUAAAGAAUGUUCUGUUUCUAACUUGUCAGAUAUUGUUACCGUCCAAAGCGAUGUUGCUUCGAAAAUCGAGAAAGUUAGUUCACAACCUUCAAAACUUUCAAAAAAAAAUGUACAAGCUCCCAAAAGCAUUUCACCAAAAUUAACAAGAGUUCCCAUCGAUAAAGUUGAAACUCCACCGAACAAAAUCAGAAAAAGCCAAAGACUAAUUAUGAGUAAUAAAAAUUUAAAUAAUUCGUGCGUUGAAAGAAUAGAUGAAGAAUUAGAAGGAAAAGCAAAAGAAGAAAUAUUCGAAAUCCAAACAAGUUAUAAUUGUGUUCUUUGCAAUUUGGUAUAUGAGAGUGUGGAAAUGCUUUUGGAUCAUGUAAAAAGUAUACAUUUAGUUAAAAGAACAAAAAUAAGCAAAAAAAUAACAAGAACAGAAACUGAUGCUCUGGUAUGUCGAGAGUGUGAUGAAUGCUUUUUCAAGACGAAACAUAUUGGAAUCGUACUAUUAGAUAUAAUUAAACAUUUAUAUUUAAAACACCAAAAGGAACUUCCGACAUAUGUCAGAAUAUUUUAUUGUACUGAGUGUUGCAAUGAGUUCCUAUCUAAAGAUGAUUUUGUCUAUCAUAAUAAGAUGUCUCACAAAUCAACUCUUACAAACGUAACUAUUGAAAAGAGAGAUGGUCAUUCGAUUUACAAAUUUUCUUCCAAUCCGAACUCGAUAUCUAAUAAAAAUCACAAGGAAAAAGUCAAAUACCUUACAAUGGAGUUAUACAAAGAUGAAGGACCUUUCUUGUGUGCAAUAUGCAAAUGUAUGGAGAAAGAUGAUUCUGAUGUUGAUCAUCUGAGUCUAUUCGAGCUGUUAGCUCAUAUAAAAGAAAACCAUCUUAUUGUCAACAACCAACGCAAAGCAUUGAAGUGCACUCUGUGUGUCAACUCCAGGCAAUUUCGAUUUCACAAGGGUAACGCCCUCAAGAGAGGGAUGGAGAUAGCUUAUCAACAACUUAUUCAUCAUUUUAUAAAAUCUCAUAAGCUAGCGGUACCAUCAUAUUGUUUUUUAUUAAAAUGUUCCCAGUGCUCGUAUGAGACGGUUUCUCAUAAAUAUUUACAACAGCAUGAAAGAACCCAGCAUAAAUCAGAUAUGAUGCUGUGUGAUUUGUGUGGGCAAAAAAUAAGAAAAUGCAGUAUGAAAAGCCAUUUGUUGAGUUGUAGUAAAAAAAAUGAUUCUUCAGAUUUAUUUGAAGCUUUAUCUGAAAGGGCGUUCAAGUGUGACGUAUGUGGACUAGUUGCAGAUAGAAAAUCAAUAAUUACCAGGCACAUAACAAGAAUGCAUCAAAUGAAAACUGCAUUUAAAUGCGAUUAUUGCAAUUUGACUUUUUUUAACAAGCAAGAAAAAGAAAUGCACACGUUUAAAGUACACUCAGUCGCAAUGAAGGAUGUUAUUAGAUGCCCUCACUGCGAUUACGAAACGAUCACAAAGUGGAUGAUGAAGAAGCAUCUAUUAAAACAUGACACAGGAAAAUUUUUCUGUUCUAUUUGUAAAAGUGAAAGUUCUACCCGUCGGGGUCUAAUGGAGCAUAUGAGAAGAUCUCAUAAAACAGCUUUAAAUAAACACUCUUGUCCUGUUUGCCCCUUUGUUACUCAAUUGCAGUUUCGUUUGCAAAAGCAUAUCGAGAAGAAACAUCCAGAAAAAUUGAGACAUUGUACUGUCUGUUCUUUUGCAACUGUUUCUGGAGACAAUCUCGAAAAGCAUUAUGCUAAGAUUCAUAAAUUACCUAUUAACUCAUCUUCUACGCCCAUUCAAGAUAAUAUUUCAAUUGUUAGUCCCUCAGAAGUUGCAAGAAAAUCAAAUACUUAUAUAAUUGAAUCACAACUUUCACAAGAGCCUCAAGAUACCUACCUUCUACAGAAUGGCAAUGAUAAGUUGGCUCAAGCAGCAAUACAAGCGGGCCUUGUUCCACCGACGUCAAAAUAUAAUGCAAACAAUCAGCAAGAAAUCAUUGUAAAUCUGCCUCCUGAACUUAGUGAUCAGUUAUCAACUGGACAUGAAGUAAUAGUCUUAGCCGAUGGAAGUUGUGCAAUGUACUUACAUACACCGCAAGAGACGAUAAAUGGGGAGGCAACGCAAGAAACUUUUUCAUAG